AUGACUGAAUUCUUAGAUUAGAAAUAAGCUAAAUAGGAAGGCAAAAAAAACUUAAUUUAUUCUUAUCUUAACAUAACAAAUAACUUUGUAGUUAAGGGGAGCGCUUUUGUUGAGUUGCAUUUAAACAGCGGAUUUGAGGAGGAUAAAUUCCCUAAAAUUCCAAACAAUCAAUAUCAUCAGUUUAAGAUAACUCAAAAAGAAUCUGAAAAAUAUUUUAGCCUACUUACUUACUUGAUUUUAUGGUCUGAUGAUGCUAUUUAAAUCUAUUAAAUAUUUGGUUCUUCCUAAUCUGAAGGCAAAUUAAUUGACACUUCGCUUUAGUUAUAUCAAUAAAUCAAUGGAAGAAUUAAUAGCAUAAAGCCUUUUAGACGCGAAAACAAUGUUUAUUUAGUGGUUUUUUUAGAAAAAAAGAAAAUGAUAACUCUUUUAUAUGAUAGAUAGCUUAAUUGUUUGCAAACAAUCACCUAACACUGCUUCAGAAGUUAGCUUGUUAAUGAAAUGAAUGCCACUUGUCUUGAAAAAGAACUAGAUGAUGAUAGUGUUAAACAUCACAAUUUUUAUGGAAAAACAGAUAUGAAUAUGCACGAACAAAAUGUAAAUGAACUAGUUUGUGUUUUAAUUUCAAGAAGAAUUUUAGCUCUUUGCUUUAAUAACAAUUCAUAUGACUUGUACUUUAAAUCUAUUACUUCCCAGUUAUAAUAGAAUAACUUUAUUUAAGCUUAGUAAAUAUACUAAAGUAUUCCUCAGCCACAUUAACCAUCUGUGCACCCAGAAAUGAAACAAAAUAAGAUUAUUUUUGCUCCUUAGAUUUUUUAUUUAGAUUUAUAAAAAAAAUAUGAUUUGAACCAUAUCAUAGAUUAUGCAGUUGUAACGCUUAAGCAAAUAAAAAACAACCCUGAUUAGACAUUGCAAUUUUAGCAAUAACAAAUGAUGUCAAACCAGUAUAUGUCAAACUAAAACUUUGGUAUUUAGCAUAAGCCGAUUUAGACCAGCAUUUAUUAAAAAAUACCCUACAUAUUUAUCAUCAACAAGAAAAUCCACUAUAGUAAGGAGGAAUAAUCUAAUUUACUAUCUAAUAUGGCUAAUAGUAAUCUUGAAGCUCCUAUCUAUGAAUGCAUAAAAAUAAUCUAAACUGAACUCAUAGUUAUUUAAGCAGAUUUAUAGAAGUAUGCUUAAUCUCAAUUACAAUAAGCUUAACAGAGUACAUAAAGUAAAGCUGAGCACCCAAACGAAAUGUUUAACUUAUAAGAUAAUUAAUUACCUCCAUAAAAUACUAUGCAACCAGCUUUUAAUGAUAAAUUUGAUCACUUCAAGCAUCCCUAGUUUGAAAGAUUGCCUUCGAAUACUUAUCAUAUUUAAGCUCUCUAAAAUAACUUAAUAUUAAUUAUGUCAAACUAUUAUUUGUAUUUGGGAACACCGACUACAUAUUAAUAUGAAUUUACAUGUCUUGCCUUCCAUCACUAAAAAUAUUAAAUUGAUCAACAAAUAAAUUUAAAAGACUUUUAAGGAGCCACUAUAAAAAAUGAGUUGAAUAUAGAUUAAGAUGAAGGCUUAGAAAAUGUUACAUUUUAAUAACUUGACGAAAACAGAGUUUUAAUGAGAGCUUUAAAAAAAAUAUUUAUGCUCGAAAUAUAGCUCAAUUAGUUUGGACAAGUUGCAAAUCUAUAAAUAUCUUUUGUUAGAAAUUUCUCUAUGCAUGGAUAAUGCUUUUCAGCAAAAACUUGCUUGGAUAGUGGCAGAAAUGAUUAUGACUUGAUGUUUAUAAACUCAAGAUUUUCAUACAAUCCUACUAACUCAUGUUUAUUUUUACUAUCAACAACUGACGAUUAAGUUGAAAAGAAACUCAAAUAAGAUGAUCAAGCAAGGAAUAUGUCUAUUCAACCUCAACCUAAUCUCCAAAAAUACAAAUUAAUAAUAUGUGAAAAUUUUGACAAUUGGUCUACGAUCAAAGAUGUUUCUUUUUGUGAUAAAGAAAGACCAUAAUUUAGUAACUACUAUUUUAUGACUGGAGAUAUGAAUGGAAGAAAUACUAUUUAUAAAUGUGAGAGAAUGAUUCGUCCUAAGAGAAUGGAUAAUAUAGAUGCUUAAUUUAAGACUGAAGACUAUACUGAAAGAAUAUUUGAAAUAGAUAAUACAUAUUAUAUAAUGUCAUGCAAAAGUGGUAAAACUAUUAUCUAUGAAAAGCAAGGUACUCAAAUCAUGGUUUCAUCCUUAGGAAGUCUUUUUAUGACAAAUAUUUCUACAAUUGGUAUUACAAAGGGCUAACUAAUAGAAGAAGAUUAGUAACGUCCUAUAUUUAUAUAAAUGGGAUCUAGUUAAAUAAGAGUCAUAGAUAUACAUAAUCAAUCAUAUUAAGACAUUUAAGAUGACGUAUUGUCCUUAUCUUCAUAGCUUGGCAUUGGCUCAUAUGGAUACGAUCUGAACUAAAACUCAUCACAAAGCCAACAAAAAAGCAAUAGAACUUUAGUUAAGCUAGUCUAUCUGUGCAAUACAAUUUUUAUCAUGGAUAGCGAAUAAAAUCUACAUACUUUUUCAUACUUGUAGGGAUAAUGGGAAAAAGUAGACUAUCUAGGAAGUCUGGUAAAAGAUAGAUAUAUUAUUAAUAUUCAAAAGAUAACUCCUUACUUUACUAACAACUCUUAAUCCUGUCCAGAUUUCUUAUUUGUAGGAUUUCCAAAUGAGUUUAUUAUUUUCUCAGCUCAGUAUAAUAGAGAUAAUGGAUUAGUGAGAUUUCAUAAGAGAUACGAAGCACAUUACGUCAAAGAAGGUCUUGUUUUUAUUUAAAAUGGUUUAGUUCAUAUGAAAAAAGAAGUACUGAAAGACCAUCUUGUGAGAAGUAUAACUGACCCAAGUAUUAAGUUAAGUUAUGAUCUUCGUGAGACUUAAAAUACUUAUGUUUCUGAAUACUCUAUAGAACAGCUUCAAAAAACUCUUAUUCUUGUUAUAAAAUUGAAUACAGGUGAUAUUUAUAUUUAUAAAGGCAUUCUUAAAACAAAUAUGGAAUAGAUUUUCCCAUACGAUUUUUAAAGAAUACCUCUCAGGUCUAUGCAAUACAUAAACAGAAAGUAAGCUUUCAAUUUCCCUGCUAACUUCGAAGAUAUGAAGAGUAACUCUUCGAUUACUGAAAAAUAGCUUUAUUCUUUCCAUAAAAACCAGAAGACAAUAUUUAAAAAUAGCUCAAUAGAUUGUGUUGUUAUUUCUGAUAUAGGAAGGCCAGGAGCUUGCAUCACUAUUUUCCAAAAUAAUACUCAAGAAGUCUUCUUCCAUUUGAUGCUUCUUUAGAGUACACCCUCUGUAUUUAGCUCUUUAGCAGCUUUUACUUUAACUGAUAACGAAAACUAACCUCUAGCAAAUGGGUUUUUGAUUCCAAUUGACGGAAAGAUUAUAUUUUUCUAUUUUUUUAAGAAUUUGAGAUAUAAUUCUUAAUUUAUCUAUGAAACUCCUCAGGCUUUGUAGUAAUAUAACCCCUAGUUUAUGGACAUAGUUAGAGCUAAAUCAGAAAAUAUGAAAUAGGAUGACAUGUCUCCUGAAAGUUUUAAAAAGUUUUUAAUAAUCGUUAAUUAAAAUGGCAACAGACAAGAGAUUAGAUUAAUAGAUGAAGAAACCCAUAAUUCAACAAUUAUUAAAACACUUCCCGAAAAUGAAAAGAUUUACAAAUUCAAAACUUUCGAAGGAACAAACAAAAAAAACAAUGUGAGAUAUAAAAUUCAAAUUGUAGGAUACCUCACACUAAAUAUUCCAAAAGAAAAUGAAGAAAUCAUAGAAACUAGAUUCUAUUGCCAUUACUUCUAGUAUGACUAAAUGCUUGAAAUGGCAAAUCCUUGCAAAUAUCAUGAUUUUAUUUUUGAUUUUUGUUUCCUUAACUUCCCAAGCACCGUCGAUCUGAAUAGUUCAGAGCACUUCAAAGUAGUUUUAAUGGAAAGAGAUAAAGUAAUGACUUUAACUUUUGUGAAAAACUAAAUCACUUAAGGGAAAGACGAUGGACCUUAUCACUAAAGAUUAAUGAUAAGCUCUAUAUGGAAUAAUAAAUAAUAUUUUUUAGUUGGUGAUAUCUAAAAAGGAGUGCAAUUUUAUGAAAUGGAUGAAAUUUAAUCAAAGCCUAGAUUAAUAGCAGAAGAAAAUAUUAACAUAAAUGUUAGAUAAUGUGUUUUAUUUUCUAUUCAGAAUAAAAAUGCCCUAAGAGCCCUAAUUACAGAUGAGUCAAGAAAUGUCUAUGCCUAUUCAUUUAUUUAAUAACAAUAAGAAUUACCUACUGAUAAACGUAAAAUCAGUAUGGAGCUAGUUGCAAGUUUCCAUGUUGGAUCUAAAAUAAAUAAAAUAACAACUGAUUAUAAAGUUAAUGACACCUCAAUGUAAGAAUCGGUAAGCCAUCUUUUGCUAUUAAAAUAAGAUGGUAAUCUUUCAGAUAUUUAACUCAUCUAUGAGCCAGGAGAUAAUACAAAUCUCUUUGAUAUGUAAAAUACUAUUUUCGAAGAACUGCCAUAUAUAGGUGGAUUGGACCCUAGAGAAUUUAGGGAAACAAAAUAAUUAAAUCAUUCAUACAAAUUAAAGCAUGCUCAUAGCUUCUUUGAAACUUCUGUAGUAGAUAUUUACUUUAACCUAACUAGGCCUUUAUAAGAAAAGAUAGCAUCUAAAUUAAACAGAUCAAGAGAAGACUUCAUUAAAAUGAUUAUUGAAACAAUUUUAUCUUGA